GCCUCAGUCUCACAGAGACAAAAUGAAAACAGUCAACACAGUGAUGGCCAUUUUGUCUCUAGUUACACAUUUUGUCUCUCUGUGAUUGUUUUUGGUCAUUUAGCAUCUUUUUGUAGUAAUUUUGUGUAUUGCAGCAUUGUUUUGACCCUUCUUGUUUAUAUCUAUCAUCAUUUUGCAUGUCUAAGUGGUUUGUGCCUUGUUGUUCUGAGUCUUUAAGGUCAUUCUGUGUGUAAUUUUUUGCAGUUUUGUGUGUCUUUGUAGUUAUUUGGUGUCCCUUACCCCUCCUACAUAGAGGGGUAAGAGAUUUUUACUUGUUUAUGCCCAGGGGACAUUCUCUCACAACCCGUCCAUGGAUGAGACACAUUCAGAGAACCCCUGCUCUCAGUGACUGAGUCACAAAACCCAUAAAGCUUCAUGUCCAGGUGAAUACAGGCUCCUUUCCCUGUCCUGUUAAACUGAACAAUGACUUGGUCUAAAAUUAGCCCAGCUCUGUAUCUUGGCAUUAGCUUCCUGUGAAAAGGCAGAAAAGUGUGUCUUUGUGCUUUCUCUGUGCACUGAGCGACUCAUCACACUUCCCCUGACCUUCGUCUCCACAAGGUGAGCGUUGAUGAUCUGUCUGAAGUGAUGCCCCCCAGUCACCAUGACAUGAGAUUAUAUUUCACAGGCUGCUGUCUUUUCUGUGGUUGAUUACUCAGCGAUUCCUCUACUGAGAUAGAAACAGAGCAAGUUCAAUACGUGCUUGUCAGAGAACAUCUACCCGAGAACCACAUCACUGACGUGAGGUUUAAUGUUUCCCAGAGCUUUCUGAUGAUAGUUCUCAUCAGAUUUUUUUUCUCCUAUCUUUUAAUUAGCCAGUCCUAUUGUGGCUCCACACAGCCAAGGGCCACUUAAGCUGUUUUUUUUACUGCCAGCCUGAAAGCCAUUCUUCCAAAACACAAUGCACACUGCAACGUGCACUGCCUAACUACUUAGAUAUCAGGAAAAUAGCAAAUGUCCUCCAAGCUAAACAAAAGCAAUAAUGACCCUGUCCAGCAGAAAUACGGCCACCAUGGCGUCACUUUUCAGCCCCUUUUGUUCUCUUAGUUGUCGCCAGCAUUCCAAAGCCACGCCAAUGUUAAUUCUGGUUUUACGUCUUGCAGCAUCCAACUUAUUUGUAAUUAUAACUUUCUUGAAUAUGGUGUUUCUCGUCCAGAUCCAUGGCCCCGAACUGUAGUUGGGGACCUCUGGUUCACGGCUAAACUGCUUCAGCCGUGGCUCAUAGCUGGUAAUUUCACAAGCUACCCAGCACUAUCUAAAGUACUUUAAAUCUAGAACCUGCUCACAGAUGUAAUGUUAAAUUUUUUUAAAUCUCAGUAAUUUCCUCAAACAGCUAGGCACUGUAGUUUUCUUGCAAAUGUUACUGAAACAGGAGGAAAUAGUUCAUUUGUUGGGGACUAUUUUAUGUGGCGGAUGAUUCCACAUUUGUUCUUCAGUGAGUAUUUGUAGAAGCAGGAUGGUGUAUGUGGGACUUAGUCUGGACAACAAAGGCAUUCUGCUGCACAGAAGAUGAACAUGGAUCAGGCUUGGACCAGUACGUUAUUAGGAGACAAUGUUGGUUUCAUGGGACUUGAGUGAAAACGUUUAGCAUAUCGCCAAGGUUGUUGCAGUCCGUUGGCUGUCAUUACACCCUUUACCACACCAUAUCAUGUAGCUGCAGUGCAUUCUGGUCUUUUGAGGUUUUCUAUGAUGAUUUCUCUCUGUAUGACUAUUAAACAUGCAUAAAGAAAACUGCUCUAGUUGUAUUUAACAGGCAAACUGUUGUUCGUGCUGUUGCUGCAAACAUAAAACUCCUCACUGUGUAGCUGAGGAUGAGAAACCCAGCAGUGUUUGGAACAGCAGAUGUUUGAGCUGUGAUCAACAACAUCAUGUGUCACAGAAAUCAGCAGCAGACUGACAAAAAUAAAACUGGUGUUUACACGUCUGUAUGGGGUAUGUGUUGCUAUGGUAACAGACGUGGUUUCUCUGUGGAAACCAAGAUGGAGAACAGGGAUUCAUCUUUCAAAUCUUAGACCAUCUUUGCAGUGAGGCAAUUCAAAGACCAAAGCCACGACAUCAAAUCCAUUUUUUGUGCAGAGUUCACGGCUGGUGUGUUGUUGAAGAAUUUAUUAGUGGGAGAUUUGAUCUAGUCUUUUCCACAGGAUUUCUUUGUUUAUAAUGAUUAUUAGGCUCCCCAUUAGCUCAGCUAAUGGGGUCUCAGUGUAGCCCAUUUUGACACAGUCCCACACACACUGUCCUGCUGGCAUAAAUAAUCACUGGAGACCAAAUAUGGGUUCAUCUACAACUGAAACUCAUCCCCAACAAAUGCACCGUUUCCUCCUGUUUGAGUUGGCGAGAUGUUAUUUCUGUUCCCUUCCGACAGGAGCUUCUGCUGUCCUGUGUUGAAGCAUCAAAGAAAUAAUGUCACGUAUAGUGGGGCCCAACAACUAGUUUUUGCCCCGGGGCCGUGAGGAGUUUAAUCCAGCCAUGACUAUCCCGACAGCCCCGUCCAUCUGUCCUGGCUGCUGUCUAUAAAACACCACAGGAAACCUCGGGCUGGUUUGCGCAUGGUCAGUUCCACCCUUUCCUCUCAUCCUUCAGCAGCAUCCAGCAUCCUCCACGGUCGUCUGAUUCCCGCCUGUUCGCGGCGUCGGCACCAGAGACGAUAAUGCUGAGACAAGGGACCGUGAAGACAUGAGAACAUUGACCAAGUUUAGAUGGAGUCCUCUUUCAAUGCCGUAGAGCUCCGGGAGCUGCGGAGCGGAGGAGGCCGACGAGGCGCGUCUCCCACGACGGCCACAGCGGGCUCCGCCACCCGGGGCUUCGAGAACGCGUCCUACCAGCAGGACGAGGAGCAAAACCAACACCACCAGCAGGGGGCGACUGUCUUGGCGAGCUGCCUGCCAUCAACUUCAGGAAAUACCAAGAGGGAGCAGCAGCAUCAGGAGGUCUCCUCACGGUCGUACGAUGAGGAGGAAGGAGGUGGAGGUCAAGAGGAGAGCCAAGACUUCACCGAGUUGAACCUCGCCAAUGACCGCUCCGUCGACUACGGCUUCAUCUUUGCGUUGGUGUUCCUGGUGAGCGGAAUCGUCCUUGUAGUCAUUGCCUACACCAUCCCCCGAGAGGCCAAAGUGGACCCAGACUCAGUGUCAGCCCGCCAGAUGGAGAAGCUGGAGAUGUACUAUGCCCAGCUGGGCUCCCAUCUGGACAAGUGCAUCAUUGCGGGUCUGGGCCUGCUGACUCUGGGGGGGAUGUUCCUGUCUGUGCUGCUCAUGGUGUCCAUCUGCCGGGGCGAGAUGUACCGACGCAGGGCGGCCUUUGUUCGACCCAAGAGGACUUAUGGCUCCAUCAACCUGAGGAUGAAACAGCUGGCGACUGGGGAGGCAGGAGGAGGUGAGGGCGGGGAUGGAGGCGAGGAGUUUUUAGUGGAACACGCAGAGACACGGAAUAACAUACAGCCAGCAACCAGCCGGGAGUCCAUAUCAGAACCCGAACCAAACAGGCAUCCUCUUCCUGCUGCUGCACAUGGAGCCAAUUAGCUGUGCUUUACUGUUAUGCCUUCACCUGAGUGAGCACUUAGCUGCAAAAUGGGGAUGAAAAAAGGUGCGGAUCCACCAUUUGUGGUGACAGGAGAAGCACAUUUUGAGCACAAGGCUUUCCACUGGAGUGACCCAGCUUUAACCAAGCAUUGUGGGAUGAACAGGAACAGAGCUUAUGGAAUAUUUAUGGGAUAUUUAUUCUAACCGAUCAUAAGGGAUCUAUGACUUGGCAAACUGGCCUUGAUCCAGUAGAAGAAGAGAGGUAAGCCUAUGGCGCUAUGGGUGGUAGCACAUUCUGAGAUGAAAGGUUUAGGUCACAGAUUAGAGUCGUAAUAUUAAAUCCUACUACAGUAUGCUAAUCAGAGUUUUACAUUAAAAGCACACGGUGUCCAGCGGCCCUGCAGGUUGGUGGCCACUGUAGAACACGAGAAUAAUUAACAAAGUCCAGUGUUAACACCCAACUGCCAGGUGACUAAAGGAUGUUCAACAUUUAAACUUAGCCAAGUUUUACAUCCUAAAUAUCUGACUUGUCAUAUUGUUGUGAAUCUACAGUCACUG